AUGGGCCAUGUCAAUUUUAUUGCUAUACAAACAUUCAAUUUCAAAGUGUCAACGGCAGUUUUUAAUGUAAUCUAUCUUAAUUUUAAUUACGACCCAAUCUGUGAUACCGAGCUAUAUAGUUACACAGUGAACUUGGCUAAUGUUACUAUAUUUGGUGAGUUAGGAUUUUAUCUAAGUCAAGGAGCAUCAUAUCAUUUGUCAAUCAUCCUUGAUCACAUUGAGGUUUACAACAAACCUAGUCCUUGUCUUUGCAUAAAUUUGCAAAAUUCUCUUUAUUCUUUAAUUAUGACUAACUCUUUCCUGUAUGGUGGAUUUUCUCUUCGGUCUCUUCCCUUACCUGAGUCAAGUUGUCCUUUUCCAACUGGUCAACUCUCGUGCACCAUUUUUAUAGAGAACAGUCAUUUAUAUGGUAAUAGUGAAGCAUUUCUCAUCUCAGGGAGUUUAAUGUACAAGCACCCAGUCCUUAUUUUUAUCAAAUCAUGUUCGAUUCAAGAUAGUGCUAGUUAUGGUUUAUAUAUUGAUUGUACUUUGUUCUCAUCAAUGACCAUUAACAUUACUGACACUCUACUGACUGGUAAUAGAGCUAAUUCAAUAGUAAGCUGCCAUUCAGUUUCUUUCAGUAAUGUCACUAUUGCUAAUAGUCAAGACACAGGAUUAACACUGAUACAGUCAACAGUAAUGGUGAACAAUAGCUUAUCAUUUAGAAACAAUACUGGAGACUUUGGAGGUGGGCUCUCACUAUCUCAAUUAUCAUAUUUCAUGGUACUUCCACAAGCUUCUUUUGAGUUUGUCAAUAACUCUGCUUCUUAUAAAGGAGGAGGAUUCUUCUGCUCUGUUUCAUCAGCCCAUCCGUUUGUUUAUGCUGAAUUAAGUGAUCUAACCUUUGCUAUUCCUCUUACUCUCUGGAACAACACUGCAGGUAAAGCUGGUGCUGAUAUCUAUGGCUUUGUUCUAUCUGGUUUUAAAUUUUAUGGCUUGUUCGUAUCGUUCUCUUUGAUAAAUCCAAGGGUCAGUUCAUCAACCAAUGCAAUCAGAAUAAGUUUUUGUGAUUUCAAUGAUGCACAGGGUAUCACACUUUCCAAUAGUGUACCCGAACAGCAUAUUUUUCCUGGACAAAAAUUAAAAUUUAAGGUAGCUCUUUUUGGCUUUGAUGGUAAUGAGACAACAUUCAGUUUGACUGAUGGUGUUGUUGAUGUUUUUAUUGAUACCAUCAAAGUCUUUAAUUAUUCUUUUGCUGAAGCUAAUUGUUCAAUCAUUGAAUAUACACCAACUGAGCUCAUCUAUUCAAGUACCAAGCAUAACUCUGAGCACUUGCUUUCAGCUUGUAACGUUUUCUUUUUGACUGUUGCUUCAAAUGCACGGGGCAGGCUCUGCAGAAUUGGAGAGGAUCUAGUUCAACCUGUUAUUCAGGUCUGGGACAGAAGCUCACCAUCACUCAAAGAUCAGAUACUAACUUUCCUUCACAUUCAAGUAAGGUUGCAUCAUCCUUGUGGAGCUAUCUCUGAGGCUGAUGGUGCCUGGGCAUCAAAUGACGCCCACUGGAGGAAUUGCAUUGAGAAAAUGAAUUCCUUCAUCAUCAAAGAAUUGGAUUUAGCCUCAAAGAGAUCGAGAUCAACAAGUAAAGGUGAAGCCGCGGUGUCUCCAUCUUUCAUUAAUUUCACUGUGGAUGUCAUGCAGCAGGCUUAUUCUCACACUGAUACUUCAUUUACUGACACAUCACUGCCACCUAAAGUGAAAAGGUCAAGGGUUGAUAGUGGUUGGUCGAUAUUAAAGGACUCAUUGUCAUCAAAUUCCUCAGUCCUUAUUUGGUUGCAAUUAAUUGGUCAUCUGUUUGCUAAAGAGUCAGUCAAAUUUCCUACUACUGAAAUAAUUCCUUUAAUAUCAGAAUUGUACAAUAUACUCGUUCAGCUUAAAAAACCUGAUGCACGAGCGUUCACUGUAUUGCACUGGGUCUUUAUAGCAUUGAAAAGUAUUGCUAGCUAUACCAGUAACAAUGGAAUAGUAUAUAAUAACUGGAAGGACAUAUGGACAGGAACAAUAAAGGCACUUCAGUAUAGGAUUGCUGAAGACACUGGAUAUGAACUGCUAAGCACUUUAUUGCUGUUAAAAUUUAUUAAGACGGUAGAAGUGGAUGCUUGGAAAAUCAUUUGUUUGACCACACCAUCAAAAUCGGUUAUUUCUUUCAUUCGUUCACUGCUUGCUCAUCACAAGAUACCAGAGUCACUUAUAAUUUCAUUACCACACACCAUUAAUGAGGACUCACCACUCCCCCUUCUCUCCUUGUCAUCAUCCUCCUCUUCCUACCAGUACAGGAUUACACUAUUGAACCACAUCUGUUCUAUACUGGAUAUUAAGAAACCACUCAAUGGAAGCAAGUCAUUGCUCCCAGUGUAUGAAUUAAGUGUUGUCUUGGUAUCAUUAAUGCAACAAUCCUGCUCACUCUCUCUAACACUAUCAUCAACUAGUAACAGAUGUACUCAGUGGGUUAGUGAUGAGUUUAGGCAGUCAUUGGAAUCAUUUGAGUCCUCUUGGUAUCCUCAUGAAGUAGCUUAUCUUCAGUCAUCGUUUGAUCUUAAUCCUCUGUUCACUCCACCCUCAGCCACACCCACUGCACCAAGGAAAGAACCAGUCAUUGACUCACUGUGCUCAGUUUUAUGCGACAUUUUGAGUUCACACUGUCAUAAUCUUUCACAGCCACUUCAAGCUCCUACUACACAUGAGAAUAAGUUAGGCUGCCUAAUGGAAGCUAAGGUUUACUGUUGCUCACUGGUCCUUCAUGUGGUGACACUUCUUCAUUACAUUGGAUAUCCUGUGGAAACAACCUCUAUAUAUCAACUAGGACCAUCACUAUUGAAAGAGGUUUCCUCUCACUUGAAGGAUCCAAUAUGGUCUGAAGCUGAUUCCUCGUACUAUCAAACUGUUGUGAAAACUCACCUUAAACACUUGUCAUCAUUAGUCAGUGAUUCACUUGCUACUGAGUUUAAAGAUUACAUUCAGUCAUUUAUUCCACUAGAAACUGUUCAAGAUAUCAUUUUAAUAAGUAAAGGAAAGUUUGCUAGUUGGGUAAGAUCAAUAUCAAUGGAUAGCAGCAGUGCAUUCAGUGCCACUGAGUCUACCAGUAAUCUUUCUUUGGGAUUAAACAGACAUGUAUCAUCAGCCAAUGAUGAUGAUGAUGCUUUUGAGGAUGAUUUUAUGGACAGUGAACCAUCUACUCACUCUGACAUGUCUUCCUUGAGCCCUGUCUCCCAUCACAACCUCAAUAUACUCUCCCCCUCACUGCUCAGUAGCAAAGCACUCGUACAGCAGGAGGCUUGCGUAUUACUAGUCAAAUGGUCAUAUUUAGUGAGUGAGUGUGGCUCGCUGUGUUGGAGCUCAGUAAAGAAUAUUAUGAAUGAUGAUUCUGUUAAUGUUAGUUCAGUAGUGACAGUUCAGUUAAUAUUAGCAAUAACUAGUAACAUAUUACAGUCUCCAGUGCCACUCCCCCAGGAAGCUAUAGGAAUGAUAUUACAAUCACUGAGGAAAGUUUUGUCCAAGCAUCGCAAGAAUUAUUUCAUUCACAAGGAGGCAUUAGUAUUACUCAAGAGAUUAAUAAUUGGUUCUAACUGGAGUAUGGAGCAAUCAGAUUGCUUGAGCUUAUUGUCAGCGUUCUGGAAUUUAUACAGUGAGGGUUCACUGUGUCCUGAUAUUAAAUUGUUGCUCAUUAGAUAG